AUGCCGACUGAUUUGCGCCCAACUGUCUCCUCCUUUGAGCUGGCCCAAGAGCCGACAACGCGACGAAGGGGAAUUACUACGCUCACCGUUGACAUACCUUCUUCCCAUCAUCCCCAAGCUAAAGAGGCCCAUCAUUCGCCUGCGCGAUGGAAAUCUCCCGAGUUCAUUCUGUAUGCAAUAAUCUUCUGUGUCGUGGUGCCUAUCAUGAUUUGGAUACCCAUGAGACUCAGUUCACCCUCACAUCGCAAUUACGUCCAGUAUAACCGGAGAUUGUCUCCAGGCUGGAUGUUCGGGCGUCGAGUCGACAAUAGUGACGCCCAGUAUCGCUCGUUUCGUAACAAUAUGUUCUCCCUAGUUCUUCUUGCUGGGGUGUUCCUUGGCGCCAAACUAGUGUAUACAAGCUCUAUUCGACGGUUAUGGUCAAGGCCGGCCUCUGAUAGGACAUACUUGGUGCCAUUUUUAUGCAUGUUUUCUGUGCUAAUGCUGGCUGGUCUGCAUGGUACAAGCGCCAUCAAAAUUAUUGCCAUACUCUCUAUGAACUACGCUAUCGGGAAGACCUGCAGAGGAUCCAAGCUUGGGCCUACGUUGACCUGGCUGUUCAAUGCUGGAAUCCUAUAUACCAGUGAACGCGCUGAGGGCUACCGUUUCGAAAUCCUACACAGCUCACUCGGGUUUCUUGAUAGUAUACCGGGUAUAUAUCCGCGUUGGCAUGUUAGUUUCAAUAUCACCGCGCUGCGGCUCAUAUCGUUCAACUUGGACUAUCACUGGGCAUGCAAUGGAGUCGGUACUGCUAGUUGGGUUAAGUCAGACAGCACAAUGACGGAAAAGCAACGAAAAACCACCGCACAUCCUCUCGAAAGAUAUUCAUACGCAAACUUCUUUGCCUAUGUUUUGUAUCCUCCUUUGUACAUCGCUGGUCCGAUCAUGACCUUCAACGACUUCGUAUGGCAGCUCCAUCGCCCGGCCCCGGUAUCUCUCCGAGGAACGCUCAGCUAUCUAUUCCGUUUCCUCGUGUGUUUCCUCACACUGGAAUUCAUCCUACAUUUCAUGUACGUCGUUGCGAUCAAAGAUACGAAGGCGUGGGCUGGCGACUCUGCCGCCGAACUGUGCAUGAUCGGCUUUUGGAAUCUGAUCGUCGUAUGGCUGAAGCUAUUGAUUCCGUGGCGGUUCUUCCGCUUGUGGGCGCUCGCCGAUGGGAUGGACCCACUGGAGAACAUGGUUCGAUGCAUGGCGAACAACUACUCCACCCUGGGCUUCUGGCGGAGUUGGCAUCGUAGCUACAACUUGUGGAUUGUCCGUUAUAUCUACGUCCCCCUCGGCGGUACAAAUAACGUCGUGUUUGCGACCCUUAUCAUCUUCUCCUUUGUCGCAUUGUGGCAUGACCUGUCCUUCCGGCUCUUGGCUUGGGGUUGGCUCGUCAGCUUGUUCAUCCUACCAGAGCUGAUAGCGAGAUACCUCCUCAGUCCUACGAAGUAUGGCUCAAGAUGGUGGUACAGACAUGUCUGUGCCGUCGGUGCAGUGCUCAAUAUCCUCAUGAUGAUGGCCGCCAACCUCGUAGGCUUUGUCAUUGGGAUCGACGGUAUCUCAUAUAUGCUGCACCAGCUCACCGAUACCUGGGAAGGGUUAAGAUUUCUUGCCUUCGCGUGCGCAUGUCUUUUCGUGGGGGCGCAGAUCAUGUUCGAGUACCGGGAGGAGGAACUACGCUGCGGUAUCGUACGGCGAUGUUGA